UUAUAUAUGAUUGCAGAAGCUUUUUAGGGUUUAAAGAGAGGGAGAAGGGAGAGUCAGUGGGAGAGAUUUUUAUUUACACGUUUCGCUGCUGGAUCGAGUCCCACGUCUGUAGCAUUACCAUACUGAUUACUGAACAUCAUUGUUUGUUUUAUCGGAAAAAGUUAUCUCCUUUGGAAAUCUGGGAUCUUUCAACUAUUGGGUAACCCACCUUCAUCGGAUCGGUACUUCAUGGCAAAAUUAAGUUCCGCUGAUGGCAGGACUAGAAGUUCUGUGCAGAUCUUUAUAGUGGUGGGUCUUUGCUGUUUCUUCUAUAUAUUGGGUGCAUGGCAGAGGAGCGGUUUUGGAAAGGGAGAUAGCAUAGCUGUGGCGAUUACUAAGAAUAAUGCAGACUGUAGUAUAGUACCUAAUUUAAGUUUUGACUCUCAUCAUGGUGGAGAAGUUAGCAAAAUUGAUGAAUUUGAGUCCAAACCUAAGGUUUUUAAACCAUGUAAAGAUCAUUAUACUGAUUACACCCCUUGCCAAGAUCAAAAGCGUGCCAUGACCUUUCCUAGAGAGAACAUGAAUUAUCGGGAGAGACACUGCCCUCCUGAGGAAGAGAAGUUACAUUGUUUGAUCCCUGCACCCAAGGGAUAUGUAACUCCAUUUCCUUGGCAGAGUCGUGAUUAUGUUCCUUAUGCAAACGCACCCUACAAGAGCCUGACAGUCGAAAAAGCUAUUCAGAACUGGAUUCAAUAUGAGGGAAAUGUGUUCAAAUUCCCUGGUGGUGGCACCCAAUUUCCUCAAGGUGCCAAUAAAUAUAUCGAGCAGAUUGCUUCUGUUAUUCCUAUAAAUGAUGGCACAGUGAGGACAGCAUUAGACACUGGUUGUGGGGUGGCCAGUUGGGGUGCAUAUCUUUGGAGCAGAAAUGUUAUCGCCAUGUCAUUUGCACCAAGGGACAAUCAUGAAGCACAAGUACAAUUCGCUCUUGAAAGGGGUGUGCCUGCUGUCAUAGGUGUUCUGGGUACCAUAAAGAUGCCUUAUCCAUCUGCAGCCUUUGAUAUGGCUCAUUGUUCUCGUUGCUUGAUACCUUGGGGGUCAAAUGAUGGAAUGUAUAUGAUGGAAGUUGAUCGUGUUCUCAGACCUGGCGGUUAUUGGAUUCUUUCGGGUCCCCCAAUUAACUGGAAAGUCAAUUACAAUGCCUGGCAGCGGCCUAAGGAGGAACUUGAAGGAGAGCAGAGAAAGAUUGAGGAGAUUGCUAAGCUCCUUUGCUGGGAGAAGAAGUCUGAGAAGGCUGAAAUUGCUAUUUGGCAGAAGACUGUAGACUCUGAAACUUGUCGUAGAAGACAGGAAGAUUCUAAUGUUAAAUUCUGUGAAACAACAGAUGCUGAUGAUGUCUGGUAUAAGAAAAUGGAGGUCUGCAUUACUCCCACUAGUAAUGGUUCGGGGAGAGAUCUUAAACCAUUUCCCGAAAGACUGUACGCCAUCCCACCUAGAAUUGCUAGUGGCUCUGUUCCUGGAUUUUCUGCUGAUACAUAUCAGGAUGAUAACAAAAAGUGGAAAAAGCAUGUAAAUGCUUAUAAGAAAAUCAACAGACUCUUGGAUUCUGGAAGGUAUCGCAAUAUUAUGGAUAUGAAUGCUGGUUUAGGUAGCUUUGCUGCUGCAAUUCAAUCUUCGAAGUUAUGGGUUAUGAAUGUUGUGCCAACUAUAGCUGAGAAAAACACCCUGGGUGUCAUAUAUGAGCGAGGACUGAUUGGCAUCUAUCAUGACUGGUGUGAAGCCUUCUCCACAUAUCCAAGGACGUAUGAUCUCAUUCAUGCCCAUGGUCUCUUUAGUCUAUACAAGGACAAAUGUAAUGCAGAUGAUAUUCUUUUGGAGAUGGACCGGAUUUUGCGGCCUGAAGGUGCUGUCAUAUUUCGCGAUGAAGUUGAUGUCCUAAUCAAGGUAAAGAAAAUAGUUGGUGGCAUGCGAUGGGAUACUAAACUGGUUGAUCAUGAGGACGGUCCCCUAGUCCCUGAGAAGAUUCUGAUUGCUGUGAAGCAAUACUGGGUUAUUGGUGACAAUUCCACGUCCACACAAUGAACACACAAGACAAAUUGAACGGCACAGGCUUGCCCGUUGGCUGCCAGUUUCUUUGCAUGAAUGAUCAUGUGACAGGUUUCAUUUAUGUUUUUUUCAUGAGCCAGUUUUGCUUAACUUAUCAUCACGACUGGCAUAGGGAAGGUACGCACAGGAAUUAUGCUUAAAUAUUCGCUUCUCCAAUGUUGUUGUUGUGGUUAAUUUAUUGGACCAGACUCAAAGCUCUGCUCUUGAGUUUUAUGAUAUUAGUCUUCUUUUCUUUUUAUCCUUGUCUAGGUUAAUUAUAUUGUUGUACAACGCUACUACAUCUGUAUGUCGAAAAGUCAAGCACAAUGCUGGCCUUUCUCAGCAAUUAAUUCUUUAUUUUUCUGACA